CACGUCAUCACGCUGCGCAUUGUGGUAAAUUGAGUUUUGUUUUGUUUUUUCUCUGCUGACGAACCACUGAACCUCUGAACCUCUGCCAGCUGUCAAAAUCAACACCCAGCAGCCUGUUUUCUGGUUUAUAUUUCACCCACUGUCUUUCUUCUGUCAGGCAGUCAUGGGUCGUAGUUACAUAGUAGAAGAUGCUGUGGAGGGAUACCUGACUAAACUAUGUGAACAACAAGCAGCUCCAGUCACAGGCCUGCUUAUUGGACAGAGCUCAGCCCAAAGGGAUUUUGUCGUCACGGCAACCCGGACACCCCAAAGGCAGGAGUCUACUGCAGCAGCUGGAAACUCUGUGGACAAGAACUGGGUGACUGAGCACGCUCGACAGGUGUCUCGGAUGCUGCCCGGAGGCCUGUAUGUGUUGGGAGUCUUCAUCAUCACUGAUACUGAUGCCAAAGACACACUAACCACACUCCGACAGCUGGUUUUUGCAGCGGAGAGCUCUAUCUCCUGGGACCAGCUGUGGAACCCUGCAGAUGAUGAUGUCACAGACUGUGUCACACUGCACAUCAACUCCAAAACCAGAAAAACCGUCUGCAGGACCUUUGACGUCAAAGAUCCAAAGAGCAUUGCCAAGCCAGCAGACUGGAAGUACCAGUCAGGUGUGUGUUCCUCCUGGAGCGUGGUGUCAUGUUGUUUAAACGUGGACAUGCUGGUGCCACUACCAGACUACAGAACCGGCACAGAAUACCUGGAUAGAUGUCUAAAGGAGGAGCUAAAAGUGUGGGCGCACCAGCUGGAGAGGGGAGUUUGUCUGAUCGAUGGCAAAAAGCUGGCAGGGGACACCGAGCUCUCAGGAGGACAGAAGAGGAGUGUGAGACAGACGUACGCAGCUCAGCUACUCAUCACACCGGAUGACCAGAGGUUGACAGAUGUGGUCCAGCGGAGUGGAGGCAGCGUGUCGGUCAGAGGAGCGAUCCACAGCAGAGCAUACCUACACAGCAACAAACCAAAGGCCAAACUGGCUGAGAAGCUGCUGAAGAGGGAUGUGCUUUCUACGAUGGCCACAAGGGUUGACAUGCUGAUGGAGGAGCUGCUGACAUCAGAAUGGGAGGGCAAGGGCCUCAGCAGAGACAAACAGACCGAGCAAUUCUGUUUCCCUCGUCGCAUCUUCUGUCCGCUUAAAGUGAGCGGGCCAGUGUGUGUGUGUGACUACCAGUUCAGCGACGAGGGCCUGUCCGAGAUGACCGACAGGCUGAAGGAGAUGCUGGACAUCGACGCAGCAGAGGAAGACUUGGAUACCAGACAGGAAACGCCAGCUGAAAUCAGCAAGAGAGAUGUUGCAGCAGCAGGAAGGGAAAGAGCGGGUAAAGAGCCCCCUGUGGAAACUGUUGAAGCGCCGGAGCCCAAGAGAAACAGCUAUAUCGGUGUUGCCAUGGCUACUGCUGUCGCCCUACUUGCCACUGCUGCCUCGAUGCUCUAUCUCAGUGACGUCUAAUACACACGGCAAAAUAAAGUUUUUGUUUGUAACAUUUC